AGUCGGAAAAUUAAAUUCGACUAUAAUAACCACGAAAAAUGGAGUUACCAGUUACGUACUGUUUAUGUGGCCGUUCUUACGAUUUCGAACAAUUUAUGAUACAAUGUGACGUCUGCAAAGAGUGGUAUCAUGGAGGUUUUUACAGGAAAAGGGCUAGGUGUUGUUGAUACUAACAUAACCUAUUUAAAAGGACAAAUAUUUACGUUUGUUCUUUCGAUGUUUAAGCGAAUCACAUGAUAAAACGUAGCUAUUUAAAUGAUGUGUAUCUGUAAAGGAGUACAUGUCCAUAGAUCUCGACAAAUAUCAUUGUCCACGUUGUGAAGCCAUGUGUGGACCAUCGCUCAUGAAAGUAAGGUUAAAUUGGCAUAGACAUGACUAUUCUGAAGUGGAUGCAGAUACAAAACCAGUUCAAACUGGUACACCGGUAUUCAUAAGAGAAUUAAAGUCCAGACAUUUUCCGAAAGCGGAUGAAAUUGUUAAACAUGUCAGAGGACAACAAUUGACUCUUCAGUAUUUACAAACAAAUGGUUUUGAAACUCCUAUUAUAAUCGAUGGAAAAGAUGGACUGGACAUGACCGUACCGCCCCCAAAUUUUAGCGUUUACGAUGUAGAAAGUUACAUAGGUGGAGAUCGAGACAUGGAUGUAAUCGAUGUUACAAGACAAAGUAAUAUAAGAAUGAAAUUAAGAGACUUUGUUGAAUAUUACAAUUCCCCUUGCAGGACAAGGGUUCUUAAUGUGAUUAGUCUUGAAUUUACAAAUACCGGUCUUUCACCAAUGGUCGAAGCACCAUACAUCGCGCGUAAACUCGACUGGGUUAAUUCUGUUUGGCCGCGCGAUUGGUCCGAGGAUAGUGACAUAAAACGUCCUGAAGUUCAAAAAUAUUGCCUAAUGGGGGUCAAAGACAGUUUCACAGAUUUCCAUGUCGAUUUUGGUGGCACAUCUGUGUGGUAUCACGUACUACGGGGAGAAAAAGUGUUUUAUUUAAUCAGGCCGACACCUGCAAAUUUGCAGUUGUACCAGCACUGGAUGUGUAGUUCGACGCAGAGCGAAACAUUUUUUGGUGAUCAAGCGGACGCGUGUUACAAAUGCGUUAUAAAACAAGGUCAGACCAUGAUGAUCCCAACAGGAUGGAUACACGCUGUAUUAACACCGAUCGAUUCUUUGGUUUUCGGUGGAAAUUUUGUACAUAGUCUUAACAUUCCAAUGCAAAUACAAAUAUACGAAUUAGAGAAAAAAAUGAAGACCCCUGCCAAAUUUCAGUAUCCUGGUUUUGAGACCAUCAACUGGUUUGCAGCAAAAAAAUUGUUGAAAGAAUUGAAAGAAUUAAAUAACGAGGGGAAAAAGUGUCCGACGUAUUUAUUACAGGGUGUUAAAGCGUUACUCAGUAUUCUCAAACAAUGGAACACAGAUAAAGAUAGUUUACUUCUAUUUCAGUAUAAUAUGAUCAGCAGGGGUCAAAUACCGGAAACUAUAAAUAGUCAGAAAUUGUUAAAAGAUUUUAGUAAAGAAAUUCGACACGCUGAACGAUACUUGAUAUCCUUAAAUCCUCCGAAGCCGGAAAGAGAAAGUAAACGUAAGAAAAAGAAACCGUUCAAUAAGGAUUUCGUAGAUUACGACGUUGCUGACAGAAUGGCUAAUAAUCCUUUUAAAGCGACGUUAAAAGAGACGAACAAAGUGGAACCAACGAUAAGUGAAUCACCGUCGUCCGGCAGACCGCCGCUUAAAUUAACUUUACCGAAACCUAUCAUGUAUCCUUAUGUUAAAAAUCAGAAUUCAUUGUCGGAAGAGAAAAAUGUCCCUCCUGGUAGCAAGCGAUCGUCAAAACCGGGAAAACAGAGUCCAACUGUAAUAAGAUUUAAGCUUGGUAAUAAUGAAGUCGUGAGAAGUACACACGACAAUGUAAAUGUAUACAAUAGUUUAGCUUCGGAUCAUCCUCUUGGAACAUCGAAAGAAUUAACAUGGAAGCAGACCUCUAUUUACGAUUUCCACGAUGGUAGUAACGAAAGCGAUUACGGUCGGUUCACGAUCGAUGAAUCGCCUAAACGAAAGAAAACGCCGAAAAGUAAUGCCCAGAAACGGUUAAAACGGGAUUACGACGGGGACGUCGACGUUUUAACAGACGCGCCCAAAAAUGGUAUCGAGGAAUUGUUGAAAGCCUCGGCUUAUACCUUAGGAAACAAUGCCCAGAGAUUAGAUGUAACGACUUCAGUGAUUCCACAAUACAAUCAACCAAUGCCACCUCCCAGUGGUUCUGGCAGGGCAUCUCCGUCAACGCGGGAAGCGAUCGCUGGGAUGUUAUCGUUCAGCGAGCAAUGCUAUUCAACCACGUCGAAUAAUACUUCGAAAUCGACAAAAACUGGUAAAACUCAACGCGAUGACGACGACGACGAUCAGUCGAUAGAAAAUAUUGAUAAAGUUCAUCAGGACGAUGAUUUCAUUUACCCAGCUUUAGACGCUUCAGACGACGAGGAUUAUAUUUUUAAGCCCAAAGCGAAAAGUCAGAUAGACGAAGCAUGGAAUCCAAAGGCCAGGGUGGGACCUCUCUUGCCAAAAACGAAUCGUCCGGCUCGAGAAGGCGUAAAGAAAACAUCCGUUGAGAAAGGAUUGGAAGCAGCGGCAGCAAAACGCGCGAAGCAAUCGGACGAUUAUCUGGAUAACAACAUGGAUAAGGGAUCCAAAAAGAAAUUGAAUACAACUAAACGGACAUACAAUAAAAAGAAGCCGAAAAAUUCAUCCGUAACAUCGGCAAGUAGUGCAUCGACCGCGUCUUCAGAAAAUACCACAAAAACGAGCGUUGGUUUCGGUUCGAUACUAACCAGUCCUAAUAGGCUUAAAGACGUUAAAGCAAAACUAGCAGCUCCAAUUCCAGUUGAACGAAAACCAAAGAAAGGAAUGAAAACGGCUAAGCAACGCUUAGGAAAAAUUUUAAAACUUCAUAAAAUGAUGCAUUAAACGUAGGUAAAAGAUAUACAGCGAAAUAAACUAAACAUCACAUCAUUUUCUUUUUCAUUUGUGUACAAAAAUCACGCACGCAAUUUGGUGUACAUUGCUAUGUAAAUAUAUUCUACACGUUAAGAUAGUAUAUCUAUCUUAAGAAUCUAGGUUUUAUAAUUAUGAUCAUUUUGUAACGAAAUAUUUAUAUUUAUUAUCAUAUUAUUUAAUUUUAAGGCAAUAUACAGUAUGUUUUGAUACUUGACUACUUCAGUAAGGCAUUGUUGAGAUCGCGGUCACUUACCGAGGUUUUUCCUAAUUGUACAAUUUAAUUCUGAACAUUUAUUUGAUAUGAGCUCGAAAGAAAAUUUUGUCAAUCUAUGAAUGUAAAGAGGCUGUAGUAUAUUAAAUCUUUUUCAAAUUAGGUAUUUAAUGGUUGUAAUAAAUUUCGUACAUCAAAAAUAAUCGUAUAUCGAUUAGUCGAAAGAACUAAUUCAAAUUUUUAUCUGAUCGUGGAUUAUUUAUUAUACUUAGUAUUCGUACUAACGUAUAAUGAGAUUAAAUUUAUUUUCAUUAAUUGAUUUUACAUUAACAAUAAAUUUUUUCCCGCAGUUGUCUUAUUUAAAGAAAAAUAAGACGGCAAUAUAUUUUAUAAUAUGACUUCUAUUUUUGUCAAUAAGAACGUUUAUUUAAUUUGUUUUUUUUUUUGUUUUUAAUGUACUUUUUUUUAUAAUUCUAAUUAGCCAGAUAGAUCAGUAAGUAAUACGACAGUUUGUAUAUAUGAUGUCUUAUAUUGUGACCUUACAUUGUACAUACAUACAUACAUAUAGACACACAUAUUAAAGCAUUAACUUUCUGUCUCAUAAAAAUUUGUCAAUAAUACAACCAGCAAAUUAUAUCAGUGAUCAAUUGAUAUACUUGUUAAUUGUAAAAUGUUACAACGGAAGUAAUAUACAUCGAUGAAAUGCAAAAGAUAAUACGUUAAAAGCAGCGUAUUGAUAUUGUUAACUUUUUUUUAAUAAAUUCGAUUUUUAUCGACAGUAGUGACAUCCUUAAUACAAAAUUCAAAGUGAUGUAGUUACAUUUUUCAUGUAACCUUUAUAUUUUUAAAUAAGCGUUCAACUAAUAAUUCGAUGAAUAUUUCGUAAUUCCCGCUAACAAUAAGCGGAAAAUUUAAAAGUGUUCGAGCGCAUGCGCGCGAUUGCCAGUGAUCAGCAGUGCUCAAUGAUACCUCGUCUGGUGCUGAUCGUUUUGUCAAACUCGUCAUUAACCUGACGUGUUUUCGCGAGAACGUCUUACAACCGUCCCUUUUUGUAUCGUUUAUUGAUAUCGUGUACAAAUAUAUAUUUCGAUUGUAUCGGAAACAUCUGUGUUCGCUUUAGUGACAAGUUCUAGUUUUUUUAACAAAUUUUUCGUUAGAAUUCAUAGUGUUAUUCGUAUGUUACAUACAAUAAAAUAUAAAACUUGUAGUUGUCGAUUCGUGAACAGAUCGUGAAAUAGUGAAUCAAUACGAAAAGGAAAAUUGUAAUGUGCGAUAAUACCGACUGAAAUUUCGAUCGUUUCUUUUCGACCGCGUGGAAUAUUCAAGACGCCAUCGCGUGUACUUGACGUUUACAAGGCAAGAUGAGGCCGUGUUGCUGGAGCUGAGACCGCCUCGCAGGCUGCGAAAGACGCAAGGUCCGCAUCCACGAGCGAUCACCAAAAAGUAAGAAAAAGCUGAAAUAUCGUCUCGCGUCUUGUCUUUUCCACGCUACGAAACGUCUAAAAGUAAACUAGCGAAAGACUAGCGAAAAUAUCAAGAAAGACAGAAAGUGGGAAAAGACGUACGAAAGGCAGGCGGGCGAUAGGCGGUCAAAAGUGAGAGAGAGAGUUUUUGAGCGAAGGAGAGAAAGGGUGAGAGAGAAAGGGGAAUAAAGGCAAAGCGUGUACGCAAAAGAUCCACGAUCUUAGAUCGUAGAGCAAGAACGAAAAGUGGAAACAAAGAAGGAGAAGGAGGAGGAAGAGAAGGAGGCAAAGAAGGAAAAGCGAGGAGGUGGAAUAAGAAGAAGGAUGUUUUGAAAAGUAUCGAUUGCUAAGAGAUUCGGUGCCGUAGGGUUUGUUUUCUGUUAAACGGUACAGACGAAUCGAGCGCAACAGUUUCGAAGAAACUGAUACGAAAGAAAGAGGGUGGUGUGAUCGCGAGAUAAAGUCGUGCUGAAAACGAAAAA